AUGUUUCUAUGCCGAUUGUCGGUGGACUCACCUAAUUGUGCGAAGACCUUGGGUCUGACGUUCUCCUGCCAGGCGGCGGCGGCGGCGGCGACGAUUGCCGCCAACAGAAAACAGCGCAGCACGAUCAUGGCACUAGUCACAAGUCGACAUCACUUGAAGAGCACUCGCGACGCGCGGCUCAACGCGACACAGGCAGGCGGGGCGCGUGGCGGCCGGCGGCAGACUGGCGGGCCGGGGGACUUCGGGGGCGCGCCUGCGCUGCCGGCGCCCCGCGGUCUCGCAUGCGUGGGGCUGCGGAGUGCGGACCUCGCACGUGACGCAGCCCUCCUCGCCCCCAGCGCACCCUCGACGGCUAUCGCCGACCCUGCGACGUCAUAA